UCACCGUGGAUUAGAGGAGGCAGGCAACUUUAAUUUGAAUAAACUCUUCCUUUCGGACUCACUAUAAAACAGAAUCUCUUCAGUCUUUCGGUACUGGUUCACAGUAAACACACCUCUUUCCCUGUAACUUCAUUUUCUCAUCUCACGAAGAGACAGCCUUAUCAUCCAUCUCUCUCUCUCUUUCAGCCAUGUCUAUCAGAAUGUCAAAUGCUUCAUCUGGUAUGGGAGUAUCUGAUCACAGUAAGGAUAUAUUCAUGGAACUAAAGAGAAAGAAAGUACAUAGAUAUGUGGUGUUUAAGAUUGAUGAGAAGAAAAAAGAGGUUGUAGUUGAAAAAACUGGAGGUCCAGCUGAAAGUUAUGAUGAUUUCACUGCAUCUUUACCAGAGAAUGAUUGCCGUUAUGCCGUUUAUGAUUUCGAUUAUGUCACCUCUGAGAAUUGCCAGAAGAGCAAGAUUUUCUUCAUUGCAUGGUCUCCCUCAGUUGCUCGUAUUCGAUCCAAGAUGCUUUACGCUACAUCCAAAGACAGGUUCCGACGAGAACUUGACGGUAUUCACUACGAAAUUCAAGCAACUGACCCUGAUGAAAUGGAACUUGAAGCACUGAGAGAACGUGCUCAUUGAGGAUCUAUCUUAAAAUUUCAAUUGUAAAAUGGUAUUGUGGUGACGAAUUAAAUUGAGGUUAGGCAUUAUCUGAUGGAUGCAAAUGGAAGUGACAUUUCACAUUAGUUGAUAAUGAAUGACAGGGUCAGUAUAGAAGCUAAUAGGAAGUGGUUCCGGAAGUCAUGGUAUUGAGUUUUCUUACUGCCAUGAAGUCUUAUCGAUUUAUUACUGUUGAAAUGAAUCUACAAUAUAUAGUUAUCUAUUUUCUAAAUAAAAACAGUGGGUUGGCAGACUAACUAGAUACGAUUAUUUCCUUACUAUAUUUGUAUACUGGGUGUAAUGUUGAGUUUGAAUUGAAAUUUGAGAUAUGGCAGGGUUCGUGUGAUCCAUUUAAGGCCUAAUGGCCUAUAAUGUAGUUUUCUUUAGCCA